AUGUAAUAAAAACCAUAAUUAAUGUUGUCUUCGAAUGAUAACUUAGAAGAUUACAAAGAUCCUAAUUUGGAUAUAAGCGUUGAUGAUGUUGCUUAAAUCAAUGAUGAUUUUUAUGAAUAGAAACCUUAAGUCCUAAGUAUUCCUGAAAGUUUAAGCCAAAACAUGUUAACUUAAAUUUAAGAAUACUCUGGAUUCCCUGCCCAUCAAGAACUCAAUAUUAAAAAGGCAAUGACCUAAAAAGAAAAUAGGAAAUUUACAAUUAGAGUUUACUAUUUUGUAAAGAGGUUCCUGACAAAAUUAUCAGUGAGCAGAAGGCAUAAGCUGUUCUUUAAAAGUGUGCAUUUCUAGAUUGUGGGAGAUAAGGCUAGUGGAGAAGUUGAGAAUUUGGUGUCCAAUUCAUUUUCAGUUAGGAAAAAGAAGAAAAACAAACAGAGCUUCAUAUGUUAUAAUCCAAUAACAGAACUAUUAAGAGUAAUGCCCAUCAUAUAUCCUCAAUCAAUAUCAAAAAUCAUUUGGGACCUCUGUUUAUGCUUUGUACUAAUUUAUUUUUUCAUAAUGAUUCCCCUUUAAUUAGCAUUUAAUACAUCCCUAAUGUAUAUGCAGUCCAUUUGGUUGACAACCCCUUUUUACGUAUUCUUAAUAUCGGACUACCUAAUGAAGAUGAACACAGUAUAUUACGAAUACGGUCAGCCCAUUGUGGAUCGCUACCUAAUUUUUAAUAACUAUCUCAAAUAGGGUUUGAUAAUAGAUGGCAUUUCCCUGUUGGUGCUCUUAUGCGGCUAUUUUAACGACUAUUUCUUAUAAAGCAGAUGGCUCAAUCUAUCAUUAAUCAUUUUCAUAACUCAAUAUCACUACUUUGCCAAAAUCAUAAGGAAUGUGGAAGAAUCAAUUCAUCUUAGCAAAAUUCACUCAUCAAUUAUGAAUUUAGCCAAAUUGCUAUUCACAAUUUUAUAUUUUCUGCACAUCUACAGUUGUCUUUGGUAUUUCAUAGGUUCAUAUGCCAACGACAUAGGCAUGGUAAAUUGGUUGGACAGCCGAAAUUUAACAGACGCCUCGUAUGAAAUCAAAUAUUUGGAGGCCUUCUAUUUUUCAACUGUGACAAUGAUUAGUGUUGGAUAUGGAGACAUAGUUCCAUUAAAUUCAUUAGAGAAGAUAUGUACAAUUUUAUUUAUGUUUACGACAUGCGUAUAGUUAUCAUUUAGUGUGAAUACUGUUGGAGAGAUCUUGAAUUCAAUAAGUUUGUCUGCCGAGAACACCACUGACAAAAUACGAAUAAUUAAUAAGUAUAUGAAUAGGAAGCACAUAAGUUUUGAAUUACAAUAUCAGAUUAGGGAAUACAUUAAAAUAUAUUGGAGCCAACAAAUGUAAUAGGAGAACGAAGAAGAAGAAAAGCUAAUUACUUCAUUGUCUGAAAACCUGAGAAAUAAAUUGAUAAACGAGGCCAAUUUCUCGAUUAUUGAAAAAUGCGACUUGUUCAAUUAAACAUUUAGUUUAGAGACAAAAAAAAAACUAAUUAAACUAUUUAAGACUGUCCUUAUUACUCCUGAAUAGAUAAUAACAUGUGAAUUGCCUCAUUAUAAUGAACCUUGUUUAUGCUUUAUUGAUUAUGGUACAUUAAGUAUUUGUACUAAUUUUACAGAUAGAUCUGAUAUCAUAAAAUUUUCUUAAGGUUAGUAUUUUGGAUUAGAUGAAUUAUUAACUGGGUAAUAAUCAAAGUUGUAAUUGUAAUCUCAAUCUUUUGUAAAAUUACUAGUUUUAACAAGAAGUGAUUUUAUCAAUACAUUACAAGACAAUCCUUAAGAUUUUGAAUCAUUUUGUAAAAUGAAAGAUGAAAUAAUGAUGCAUCUGAGGGACUCCAAUACCAAAUGUAAAUCAUGUAGUUGCUAUGGUCAUGAUAUCCAAAAUUGCCCAAUAGUCCACUUUGUUAUUGAUAAGGAAAGAGUCAUAAAGUCUCAUUAAUUUUAUACUCAAUAGGAGAGAGUCCCAGGUUUGCGUAAUAGGUCAAGGAUCAGAAAUCAAUUUAAUGCAAUAUUUGAUUAAUGGUUCUUGUAAGAAAUUGCAUAAAUGAUGAAAAAUCAAGAGGAUUUGCCAAUUAUUCAAUUUUAUAAUAUAAAGCAAAUAGAUCCUUCUGAGCCUACUCAAUCUAAGAAACCGGUUUUGCAAUCUAAAGAUUCUUUGAUUGCGAAUGAAAAGGAGUCAUUACAAUAUGUAGAAUCAAACACUUAAACAAAUAUCAGUCCACCAAAAGUGAAUGACCAUUAAACCUUUUAUCCGUAGAAUAAAAUAGUUCGUAAAAAUUAUACAAGACAGAGUAUUCGAAUUAAAAACUAAGGAGUCAAAUUAAAGUUUUAAAGAAUUAUCAAAAAAGUUAUAAAAAUGCAACAUUAUUCUAAAAUAUUCACAAAGAGGAAUGAACUUGAGGCAAGCCAAAAGUUUAAUAAAAACAUAAAGGAAAUAGUAGAUAAUUAUUUUGAUAAUCCGCAAUUGAAAAUAUACUUAAAUAAGUUCGAAUUUGAAGAUUUGUAUUUCCUUCGAAUGAAAUGUAAUUUGAUACAGCAUUCAGAAUACGCCUUAGUAAAGCCUUUUGAAGUGCAAAAGGAGUAUCUCAUAUAUAAUGUUCAAAAUAACCUAUCUUAAAUAAUCAAGAGAUCAGAUCUCUAUCUAGAUUAAUUGAAAAUUAAACAAUUUAGAGUUGAUAUGUAUAACAGUACAUAGAUAUUAAUGUUGAGUUAAGACGAGAGGAAAUCCAUCUUAUAGGAGAGUCUCAUUAAAUAUCUGUCAUAUCCAAACAUUUACUUCAAAAAGUAUCACGAUGUAGACAAACCAAAUGAAAAUUCCGAAUCAAUCGGAUAACAAAAGGCCAAGGCUCUGUUUAAAGCUUAUAAAAAAAGAUAGAUCAUGAGAUAAAAUGCAUUUCUUCUGCCAAUUGUCAAAAGAAGCUUUACGAGAAGUACUAAGUAGACUUUGCACAUAAAUGCAAAUGUAAUUGUGCCUAUUAGCUGA